GCCCUGGUCACAUGGUAGUGAAGGAGGCCGACCAGGAGCCGCUCUCAGGGAGCUUCCAUUCUAGUGGAAAAAGAAGACCAUAAAUAGACGAGAUGAUUUCAGUGCUCUGGAGGAAAUGGAAUGGUGUUGGCGUGUGGGAGGCUUCUUGGGAAGAGGUUCCCCAAUACAACUCAUGAAGGUUUCAACGUCACGCUUCACACCACCCUGGUGGUCCCUACGAAACUGGUGCGCCCGACCCCUGCCAAGCCCAUCCUCCCGGUGCAGACGGGGGAGCAGGCCCAGCAGGAGGAGCAGUCAAGCGGCAUGACCAUUUUCUUCAGCCUCCUGGUCCUAGCUAUCUGCAUCAUAUUGGUGCAUCUACUGAUCCGAUACAGAUUACAUUUCCUGCCAGAGAGCGUUGCUGUUGUCUCUUUAGGUAUUCUCAUGGGAGCAGUUAUAAAAAUUAUAGAGUUUAAAAAACUGGCAAAUUGGAAGGAGGAAGAAAUGUUUCGUCCAAAUAUGUUUUUCCUUCUUUUGCUUCCACCUAUUAUAUUUGAGUCGGGAUAUUCAUUACACAAGGGUAACUUCUUUCAAAAUAUUGGUUCCAUCACCCUAUUUGCUGUUUUUGGUACGGCAAUUUCUGCUUUUGUAGUAGGUGGAGGAAUUUACUUUCUGGGUCAGGCUGAUGUAAUCUCUAAACUCAACAUGACAGACAGUUUUGCAUUUGGCUCCCUAAUUUCUGCUGUUGAUCCAGUGGCUACUAUUGCUAUUUUCAAUGCACUUCAUGUGGACCCGGUGCUCAACAUGCUGGUUUUUGGAGAGAGCAUUCUCAACGAUGCAGUCUCCAUUGUCCUGACCAACACAGCGGAAGGUUUAACAAGAAAAAAUAUGUCAGAUGUCAGUGGGUGGCAAACAUUUUUACAAGCCCUUGGCUACUUCCUCAAAAUGUUCUUUGGCUCAGCAGCACUCGGCACUCUCACUGGCUUAAUCUCUGCAUUAGUGCUAAAGCAUAUUGACUUGAGGAAGACGCCUUCCUUGGAGUUUGGCAUGAUGAUCAUCUUCGCUUAUCUUCCGUACGGGCUCGCAGAGGGCAUCUCGCUCUCAGGCAUUAUGGCCAUCCUGUUCUCAGGCAUCGUGAUGUCUCACUACACACACCAUAACCUGUCCCCAGUCACCCAGAUCCUCAUGCAGCAAACCCUCCGGACUGUGGCCUUCUUGUGCGAAACAUGUGUGUUUGCAUUUCUUGGCCUGUCCAUUUUUAGUUUCCCUCACAAGUUUGAAAUUUCCUUUGUCAUCUGGUGCAUAGUGCUUGUGCUCUUUGGCAGAGCGGUGAACAUUUUCCCUCUCUCCUACCUCCUGAACUUCUUCCGAGAUCAUAAAAUCACACCAAAGAUGAUGUUCAUCAUGUGGUUCAGCGGCCUGCGGGGGGCCAUCCCGUACGCCCUGAGCCUGCACCUGGACCUGGAGCCCAUGGAGAAGCGGCAGCUCAUCGGCACCACCACCAUCAGCAUCGUGCUCUUCACCAUCCUGCUGCUGGGCGGCAGCACCAUGCCCCUCAUCCGCUUCGCGGACAUCGAGGACGCCAGGGCACGACGCAGGAACAAGAAGGACGUCAACCUCAGCAAGACUGAGAAGAUGGGCAACACCGUCGAGUCGGAGCACUUGUCGGAGCUCACCGAGGAGGAGUACGAAGCCCACUACAUCAGGCGGCAGGACCUCAAAGGCUUCCUGUGGCUGGACGCCAAGUACCUGAACCCCUUCUUCACGCGGCGGCUGACCCAGGAGGACCUCCACCACGGGCGCAUCCAGAUGAAAACCCUCACCAACAAGUGGUACGAAGAGGUGCGCCAAGGCCCCUCAGGCUCCGAGGACGACGAGCAGGAGCUGCUGUGACCGAGCGGGACGCGUGGCUUCCGGGCAGCCGGGGCCGCAGCAGUGCCAUCCAGCCUCCCCACGGCUCCCAGGACGGCCACCCAGCAAGGGCCCCUGAGGCAUGUGCAUUUGGCAGCUCUUUGGGGUGGAUGGAAGCAGGGUGAUGCACAGGCCACUGUCGUCUUAACCCAGGACCUCCCAGGCCUUUGGAGCCAGCCGGCUGCCCUGAAGCACCCUCUCCCCGCUCCUCACUGGGCUGGACCUCUGCCCUCAGGGUGGCUUCCCAGCCCGCGGAUUAGAGGGACCACCUUUGCAGGUAAACGUUUCCUUCUGCUUCUGUAGCCGGGGAAUAGUCAUCUGUCACGCCGAGGUGCCUGAGAGGAGAUAUCCUGCCGUGGACCCACUGUGCAGGGCGUCCCGGGAGCCGGGUGCACCGUUGCCGCCAUCCCUGGCCGCUGCCUUCAUUACAGGGGCCCUUCCCUGCUGGACGGGUGUCGGUACCUGCAGGGCGGGGAGCCAGCCGCUGCUUCCCUGUGCGUCCUCAAGGCACCUCCGCCCUCGGCAGCAGCGGUUCCCACCUAAGCGGAGGCUCGGAAACCUUGAAAACCUCACACUCCCUUUCGCGAUGUCGCUUGCACUCCCUGAGAAAGAGAAACCGAGUGACCUUUUUCUCUUUACCUCUGAUUGGCACCUCACAGGCUGUCUCCCCGGGCAGCAGGCAGCUACUGCCCUUCUCUGGGAAUACUGUGAAUGUUUACACUGGAACCUCUCUGGAGCCCCAUUGGAAGCCGUAUCCCUGGGGUUUUGGGCGUGAGUGACCCUAUUCUGUGGGGUCAGAGCACCCUCUAGAGGGAAAGUCUUCAGGGUUUAUGCUGGCCAGCAGCUGCUGUCUUUGAAUUCAGUUUAAAUUCAUGCACUUUUACAAAGUGGUGAGAGCCUAGCAGUCCCUUCCCUGACCUCGAUUCCUUACUCAGUGGUCCUUGUUUGUUCAGAGGCCCCUUUUCCUGGGCUCUGCCCACCGUUUACCUGCUGCACCUUCGCUGCUCAUCGGCAUCUUUUUUUUCUCUCCCAGUUCUCUACCAUCUUGGGUCCCAUUUGUCCCCGUGCUCCUCCUCUGCCACCCCUCCCCAGGGCUCCAGUGGCCUGCAGCCAGAUGCAUCAGAGUCUCACCUGCAAUCCCUGAGCAGCCACUGCCACCUCAGGACGCGCUCACAGAGUGCUUGCGCGUGCGC